AAUAACUUCCUUACUAAUGGGGGGCUAGGCGGGGUGCGGAAUUCUCACCUAACGCGGGGUGCUUUACUAUUGUGUGUGUGUGUGGUGAGGGGUUGAUUGCGAGGGAAAAGCCAAGAUGCACCAAAGUGUGCUCUUUGCAGAUAAAUCCAUGGGAAUCGGGAAUGGAUAGAUGAGUGACUAUUGCAGUCGAUAGAUGUAGAUUUAUGCCCGUCACCAGUCUGGUUGAAUAUCGAGCAGUUCGCUUCAUCCAUUCUAUCUACACAGAACUCGGGUCUCGCUCGCUGGCUUGUACCUCUCUCAUCUACACAUCAUGCCUCUCAGAUCGUCGAGAUCCUUCCGCCUCCCUGCUCUGCCAGGACGUCUCAAGAGCCUGCCGGGUCCCGUGGUAUACAUAAUCCUGCUCCUGCUCGCCGUCAACGCGGCAAUCUGGGCCGCCGUAGCCGUAGUACUACACUUCAACCCGGCGCUCGUCGGGUCCGCAGUGCUCUCGUAUACCCUAGGUCUCCGCCAUGCCUUAGACGCAGAUCACAUCGCGGCCAUUGACCUGAUGACGCGGCGCCUCGUCGCCGCAGGCCAGCGCCCCGUGACGGUCGGCACGUUUUUCUCCCUGGGCCACUCGACCAUCGUCAUCAUAACAUGCAUCGUGGUCGCCGCCACGGCAGGCGCCCUGCGCGACCGGUUCGAAGGCUUCCAGUACGUCGGUGGCAUCAUCGGGACGAGUGUGAGCGCCGCCGUUCUCAUCUUACUAUGCCUGGGCAACGGGUGGGUGCUAUAUCGCCUCGUCGGCACCCUGCGCAAGGUCCUCGCCGAACCUGAACCGCACAUUGAGCCUGGGGAAGUCGGUGACGGCGAGUCGAUGAAUAGCGACGGCCAGGCCGUGCGAGACUUGCAGCUCGAUGGACCGGGGUUUCUUGUCAAGUUGCUGCGCGGCUUCUUCCGCAUCGUCGACCGGCCUUGGAAAAUGUAUCCCCUAGGCGUCCUGUUCGGCCUCGGCUUCGACACGAGCUCGGAAAUCGCCAUUUUAGGCAUCGCCAGCGUGCAGGGCGCGCAGGGCACUAGUCUCUGGGUAAUUCUCAUUUUCCCUCUGUUGUUUACUGCUGGUAUGUGUCUAGUAGACACCUCCGACGGCGCACUGAUGAUGACACUAUACACCUCAAAAGCAUUCGCGCGCGACAGGGUCGCCAUCUUGUAUUACUCCAUCGUGCUGACGGGAAUCACCGUUGUCGUCUCGGCCUUCAUCGGGAUAAUACAGAUCUUAUCCCUGGUGCAGAACGUCGCGGAGCCCCAGGGGAGAUUCUGGGACGGGCUCAGCGCGAUCAGUGACCACUUCGAAAUCGUUGGCGCGAGCAUUGUCGGCGUCUUUGUUUUAGCUGGAGUUGGGUCGGUGCUCAUAUAUCGCCCCUGGAGACGGAGGAUGGAGGAGCGUAGGACAGCGCAGAGAAUAUCGUCAGAUGUGCCCCAGGAUCCGUUUCGGGACUGUGAACGCGGCGUCACGGGAGAAGAAGGCACAGAUAGACAAGCCGUAUGACGAAACUACUUAUUCUCAUAGAUACUCUCUACAUAGGACCGAGCAGGCCGUCUAAUCUAAGGCAUUCAAAAUGACUUUGCACAUCUCUAUACACUUCUCCUCUUCAAGCCGCUGUGCUACCAACUGCAGGCUGACGGGCAUACCAUGAACUGCUUCUCCAUUAUCUAAGUA